UAUCUUGGUGUAGUAGUCGGUCCAAUGUCUAUUUAAGAUGAGCUCGCUCUGUCCCCAAAAGAAGCUCAGGACGAAGUAGAUCGCUGUCGUAUGAUUCUGCCUACCGUUCCAUCCCUUCACGUUAAAAACCACGCAAGUAUGCGAGGCUUGCCAUCCAAGCAACAGCUGGUCGCGCGUUGUACCUCCUUGUCGGCAUGGGAGCUACCCAAGGAGCCUUCCGCGCUGGCACCGGAUCAUGUCUGGUCAAACAAAGACAUGGACCCCGUCAAGCCGGAGGACCAGACAUGGUCAAUGUGGACGUGGAUGGCAUAUUGGGCCACCGAAACUAUUAGCUUGGGAACCUGGCAAACAGGCGGAAGUAUCUUGAAAGCAGGACUGAGCUGGAGGGAAGCGGUUGGAGCAGUAGCGUUCGGCUCUUUCACCACGUCGAUUGCCAUCACGAUGAAUGGGGCGAUCGGCGCAAAGACCCAUCUGCCGUUCUCCAUCAUCGUCAGGUCGUCGUUUGGAUACUACUUCGGCUACUUCUGCAUCAUCUCGCGAUGCAUUCUUGCCAUGUUCUGGCUGGGGAGCGUCACUACGAACGGAUCGAUGGCCGUCACGGCAAUGGUCCAGUCAAUAUGGCCGUCCUACGCUAGCAUUCCCAACCACAUCAGUUCCAACAUGGGCAUCACGACCAAGGGUAUGAUCAGCUACCUCAUUCUCUGGCUGAUACAGCUGCCGCUCUUGAUGAUACAUCCUCGAAAGCUCCGGCCCCUCUUCCUCGUCAAGCUGAUCGUGACGCCAAUCGCCGCAAUCGCGACGAUGGCGUGGUGCGUGCACAAAGCCGGAGGUGCUGGCCCGGUAUUUUCCCAGCACGCUACCGUCCACGGCUCCAACAAGGCCUGGGUCUUCCUCGGCUGCGCGUCGUCCGUCUCCGGCGGCCUGUCGACCCUCGCAUGCAACAUCCCGGACUUCACCCGGUACGCGAAGUCGACAAAGGGCCAGUGGGUCCAGCUACCGUUCAUCCCGUGCAUCUACGUGCUCGGGGCGCUGAUCGGGAUCAUCGGCACGUCCGCCACCGCCGUCGUCUACGGAGAGCUGAUCUGGAACCCGCUGAACAUCUACCUCCGCUGGAUCGAGGAUGGCUCGAGCGGCGGGAGGGCCGCGGCCUUCUUCUGCGGCGUCGCCUGGAUGAUCUCCCAGAUCUGCACCAACGUCACCGCAAACUCCAUAUCCGCCGCCAACGACCUGACCGUCAUGUUCCCACGCUACGUCAACAUCAAGAGAGGCAGCGUCGUCGCGGCCAUCGUCGGAGCGUGGGUGUUCGUCCCGUGGCGCAUCGUGGCCACCGCUACAAACUUCCUUACCUUCAUGGGAGGCUACGCCAUCUUCCUCGCCCCGAUCGCUGGCAUCCUGUCUGCCGACUUCUGGGCCGUCAAGAGGCAGAGGCUCGACGUCGUGGCUCUCUACGACCCUCAUGGGCGGUACAGAUACUGGAACGGCGUGAACUGGCGCGCCGUCUUGGCCUUCCUGAUCGGCUUCGUGCCCAAUUUUCCGGGGCUCGUCUACGCCGUCGCCGGAUCGACUGGUCAGACAUCCGUUCACAUAUCCGAAGGAGCGCAGCACAUGUACAAAUUCGACUGGUUGUACGGUUUUGUCACCGCGGCGUUCGUCUACACCUUUCUCAGUCUUCUGUUCGGAGACUACGAGGCGUCCGUGGUUACAGAUGGAGACAUAGUUGAAACGGCCUACCUCGAAGGCGCCUCAACAGACGACGAGAAGCAAGCGGGUAUUGUAGUAGAUCAGAAAAAGGCUCUGGAAUAGACGCGUAGAGAUGUAUCUGACUUGGGUGGAUCGGUUUUACAAUUAUCG